UGCAGACGGAGCUUCAGCCCAAACAGCAUACACCUUGAUGUUGGGGAUGGAAGUCAGCAACUGGAUCGCAAGCUUAGUAUAGUAUAUCAGCCAAAAAGACGAAACGAAACGAAAAUUUCGUAUAUCGCAAGACAUUAUGGACGGUUCAUCCCAAGAGGAGGUGGACAAGACGAAGAAGAAGCAGAAGAUAAUUUUGAUUAAGACGCCGAAUGAGUCGACGGGAUACCAGGAGGAUGAGUACACGAAGACGUUCGGCUCGACGGGCGCCUACGAGCCGAUCUUCAUCUCGAUCCUGAGGACGAGGGUUUCCUCGGCAGAGCUAGGGGAGUUGAGUGGGACGCUGAGGACGGGGGCGCGAGGGAUGAAGGUGGAUGGGGUGGUGCUCACAAGUGCCCGAUCCGUCGACUCUCUCCAACUGGCCAUCAAUCAAAUCCAUCACGAAUCGACCGACGAUCAAGAUGCCGCUUCUUCUUCUUCUGAUUGGGGAGCCGUCCCUUUCUUCGUCGUUGGCACUAGCACUCGUCUUGCUUUGCUCGCCCUCAAUACCUUCAACAAUCCGCACAUAUUCCCUGAUCCCAAGAACGGCCAGAUCACCAUUUUGGGCCACAACGAAGCUGGCUCGGGACACAAACUGGCCGAAUUUAUCAAGACUCAUUUCUCUAGUAUACACCGACGAUCUGGAGGCCAACAAUCUUACGAUACGGAGGAGAGAAGGAAAGAUGGUGAUGCUGAUCCUAAGACUGAAGGUCUGGAGAAUAUGACGACGACGGUCCGAUUGCUGUAUUUGGUCGGGAGCCAUCAAGACUCCAGUCUCAGUGAAAACCUAUCCAAGCACAACAACAACCAAGAAAACGAUGAUGGAGAGGGAGAUCAGAGGGGCCGGAUCAGAUACGAGUUAGUGAGCCAAAGGGUGUACUCGAUCGAGCCCGAAACCGAGCCACGUUUCGAGCCCCCAGAGCUCUUUGUUACUCGCAAUACAUCGACUGACCAGACGGAUGAUCGAGGGACAGAGGAGGAGGAAGAGAGACGGAAAGAGGAGGAGGAUCGUGAUCGUCUCGAGGAGGAGAUCGCGCAAGAACUGGGGCUUCUCAGACAACGGUCGGGAAACCAACGGCGGGAUCAUUGGCUCGUCUUCUUCAGCCCCAACUCGAGCCGGAUCCUCUUGGAUAACACCAACGAUCUGCUGCUCCAAAUCAAGCGCAAAUUCGCCUCCCUCCAUCCCCAUCGAUCCUCCUCCGAUCACCAAAUCCUUUCAAACGAGGAGAAUGAGGAGCCAGGUCUUCUGUUCCAUUUGGAUGCUUUCAAGGUCGCCGCUAUCGGCGCAACGACCGCCACCUUCCUGGCUAGCCAUUAUUAUCACUCCUUUCCGAUCGUCGUCCCCGACAAACCUAAUCCUGCUUCUCUCUUACAAGCUAUUCUGGAUUUCGAUAAUCUUCCGCCGCCUGCCUCUCCUUCUUCUGACUAAAAAAAUGGAUCCAUAUUCUUGGGUUUCUUCCUCUAUGAUUACUGUUCUUUAGAUGUGCCAUUGAAUUUGGUCCCCUGUUAUUUUAUCGUAAUCAUCACGUUCGUCGAUAUACCCUUACACAUUAAUAUACAUAUAUAUACCUAUCAGUGGAGGACUUCCCGUCGGAUCUGGGACCCUCGCAGUUGUCGAUUUAGACUCAAAAAGUCUAGAUUUUCGCAGGGAAAUCUAGCUUUUUCGGCUCUAAAUGGAAACUGGGAGACCUGCAGAUGUUGACGGGAAGUCAUCCAGUAUCAAUCUAGCCACAUACAAUGUAAACCUAUCCAAAUUUCCAUCUCUUACCUACUUGAACUAUAUACUAGCACAGCCAACCUGCAAUCAUUCUUCUCCCAAGUCAAAAAAAAAAACUAAAUCUUUUUCACAAAAAACCCUUACAAGAAUGCAACAUAAGCUUAUGCGAUCACCCACAGUAAUAAUUCCGAGUGGAUUCAUCAAGACCGAGGAGGGCAAUAGCUUCGCAUUUUACAGAUAGUGAGUGAGACAGUCGGCCGUCAAGCUAGCACCACUGUCUCCUCCAGUCUAUUCAGGUUUGAUUCUAUCAUACAUAACUAUAUGCCAUGAACUGAAGACUCGUGAUGUUGUAUUGUCACCUCAUUCCAACCCCCCCAAAAAAAUGAUUGAUGUGCAUAUUUUAUUACAUC